CAUUUGAUCAUUUCUAUCUCGUGAAAACAAUCAAAUAUUCAACAAUGGCGGCUCCUCUAUAAACUUUAAUCACACCACCUUAUUUUUCCAUCUUAAUUAAAUCCCCAAUCAAAACCAACCAUUUUCCUUAUUUUGUAAUAAUCGACUGAUUCUAGAAUUUCAAAAGGAGAGAGAAAAAUGAUGACAAUUGAAGAAGAUCAAGAAGAAUACAACUGGAGAGAAGUGCAAUUACCGUCGCAAUUACCAAAACCUGAACUAGAGAGAGAAACUGGAGAGAGAAGGAGAGGCCGUGAUGUUGUAAUUGCAGUGGAUCAUGGGCCCAAUAAUGUGAAAAAUGAGGAUGUUUACCAAGCAAGUCAGAUUCUGAUGGACAAAUUAGCUGUCGAGGCUUUCCAAGUGGAAAUGGUGAAAUCUGUUGCUAGGAUAGUGGAAGGCGAUGCAGGAAAGGUCAUCUGCAAGGAAGCAGAGAGGUUAAGGCCUGCUGCUGUGAUAAUGGGUUCUAGAGGCAGAGGGCUGGUUCAAAGUGUGCUGCAAGGAAGUGUUGGUGAAUAUUGCAUACAUCACUGUAAGACUGCACCAAUUAUAAUUGUUCCUGGGAAAGAAGCUGGUGAGCUAUCAGUGGUUUAGUUGUGAAGGUCACAAGUCAUUCAAUUGUGCUAAUCGCUUGUCUGUAUUUACUAUAAUGUGUGUAGUGUGUAGAUUCUAUUGUUGAAUUUGCUGUCUAAGCAUUUGUAUAAUUGUAUAAUACGGUAGUUAAAUUUGUUGGUCUAAGCAUUUGUAUAAUUGUACAAUAGUUAAAUUUGUUGGUCUAAGCAUUUGUAUGAUUGUACAAUAGUUAAAUUUGUUGGUCUAAGCAUUUGUAUAAUUGUAUCUCUUUUGUUGCAAACUUAUGAGUACUUCAUUAAAAUGUUUUCGUCA